ACGACGUCAUCUCUGUUUGAGCAUAAAAACAACCAAGUGGGCGUCGAGAAGAGUUUGGUGCUUUGCUUUUGUCCGGAAAGUUUUGAAAAUGGUGCAGCAACUCUCCAAAUCUGGAGCGAAGGAGACUCCUUUGCUGAAGGCUGGCCACCCUCCAGCAGUGAAGGCUGGAGGUAAACGGGUAGCCAAGAAAAGCUUGGAAGAGAGUGGCACCCAUGGGACUCCAGAGAAGGAGACCAAGAGGUCUGAUAAAUUGAGCAGGUCCCUCGCCACCUCCAACAGGAUGCAGCAAGUUGGUAUUCUUCUGGCAGGAACUCUUGACAAGCUGAGCCACGACUUUCCAGAGACACCAGUGAGUGUGAGGCACAGCAAGGUGUGCCCUGCAGUGGAGAAGCCCCACUCGCCCCGGACCUUUUUCAUCCAGCAGCCGAGGAAGUUUUGAACGAUAUGUUUUAAGAAUGCCCCAGAGGGAACCGUGUUAAGUCAACUGUGAAAGACAAACAUGAAAGUGUUAGACACACGAGGGGACUGACAGGUUGUCUGUGAAGUCAGUGUUGAGGAAAGAAAGCUUUCAUCAAGAUCUAUAUUUACUUUUUUAGAGGAGAAAAUUAUUCAUUUUUUGCUUUUUCAGGUUCAGGCUGUGCUUGUUUGUAAGAAUACUAGAAACCAGCAUUUAAUGUCCCUUUCCUAAAGUUGUAAGAGAAAUGCUGUAGUUGUAUUUACCAGCUGAUGAAAAACAGAUGGCACUUGGGAAUGUUUAAUGUGAGGGUUUGGGAGUUGUAAAGUGAGGUUUUUUUUGUUUGUUUUUUUUUCCCCUAGUUAAAGCUUCUAUGUAUUGCUUGGCAUUUAUUAGAUUUAAUUAAAAAAAAAAGGAAAUUGCAUGGCA